GAAUACACCCCCCUAAAUAUCUAAUAAGAUCGAGAAGAAGCUAGAUAGUAAGGCCAAGGACUUGUAAUUGAAGUUCUCAUAGACUUGACUAUAUAGCAUAGAAGUACAGGAGGCCUCCUCAAGGUGUCUUGGAGGAUAGCUUGAAGCAUAAACAUGAAGAGGAACAAUCGGAAGCAUUUGUAUGAGUUGUUGGAUGGGACAGGAUUGCAUCGGCAUUUUAUAGGAACAAGUUGGAGGCCAUUGCAGAAGAGAAGUGCAAUAGCUUCUUUAAUCUUCUUCCUGUUGUUGCUGCUUUUGUGUGUUGCUGCGUUGUUAUCUGCUGGCUGGAUUGAUACUAGAAAGUUUAUAUUUUCAGGUACUUAUUCUAACGAAUCAAUCAUACCCACAAAAGAAACCCCAAAAAGAACUGAAUUCCCUCUGCAGUGUACCAAAGGAAUUAAUGUAACACAAACUUGUCCAAGAACCUACCCUACCACACACAACCCCACAAAUCCUAACCAUCCAUCAAACCUCACAUGCCCGUCACACUUCCGAUGGAUCCAUGAAGAUCUAAGACCAUGGAAAGGGACGGGAAUCACAAGGGACAUGAUAGAGCGGGCCCGAAAGACUGCGCAUUUUAGGCUUGUGAUCGUGGACGGAAAGGCCUACAUAGAGAAGUACAGACAAUCCAUACAAACUAGGGACAUGUUCACGUUAUGGGGCAUUUUACAGCUUUUAAGGGUUUACCCUGGUAGAUUGCCUGACUUGGAGCUCAUGUUUGACUGCGAUGAUCGGCCUGUCGUCCGAUCAAAGGACUUUCGGGGGCCUAAUGUUGACCCGCCACCGGUGUUUCGAUAUUGUGCAGAUGAGGAGAGCUUGGACAUUGUGUUUCCAGAUUGGUCCUUUUGGGGCUGGGCUGAGAUCAACAUAAAACCAUGGAGAAGUUUAUUGCCAAGCAUAAAAGAAGGCAAUAAAAGAACAAAGUGGAAGGACAGGAUCCCCUAUGCUUACUGGAAAGGUAACCCUCAUGUGGCUCCAACCAGAAAGGACCUUCUCAAAUGCAAUGUCUCAGAAAAAAAUGACUGGAAUACACGCCUAUAUAUACAGGAUUGGGAGAAAGAAUCUAAACAAGGGUACAAGCAAUCCAACUUGGAAGACCAGUGCAAGCAUAGGUAUAAAAUUUAUGUAGAAGGAUGGGCAUGGUCUGUAAGUGAAAAAUACAUCAUGGCAUGCAAUUCUAUGACGCUGUAUGUAAAGCCUCGGUACUACGAUUUCUUUAUGAGAGGCAUGACGCCAUUGCAGCAUUACUGGCCUAUUAGGGACAACAGCAAGUGCACUUCUCUUAAGUUCGCGGUGGAAUGGGGCAAUAAUCACACAGACAAGGUGCAGGAAAUUGGGGAGGCAGCUAGCAAAUUCAUACAAGAAGAUCUAAAGAUGGACUAUGUGUACGAUUACAUGUUUCAUGUGCUAAAUGAAUAUGCAAAGCUCUUGCAAUUCAAACCGACUAUACCUCCCAGUGCAGUGGAGGUAUGCUCAGAAACAAUGGCAUGUGCUGCAAAUGGUACAUGGAGGAACUUCAUGGUGGAGUCCAUGGUGAAGUAUCCUAGUGAUGAACUGCCAUGUACUCUGCCUCCUCCAUACGAUUCUCCGGCUCUUCGUAAUAUUCUUGAGAGAAAGGCUAAUUUAACUAGGCAAGUAGAAGUUUGGGAAGAUGUAUACUGGAAAAGUAGGAAUAAAACGCAAUAGAACCUUUUCCAAUGUCUCCUGUUGUGCAUUUUCUAUGUGUUCCAUAGGCUAUGACUUGUAAUUUUAUGUCCCAGACUUAAAUGAAGAGAUUUGAACAUAAGAUUCCAAGUAA